GUCAAGACAAGGGCGUCAACUCAAACCCCAUCCAGUGUCCACUUUAUUGGCAGUAGCGGACAGCACUAAUAGUAAAAUUAUCUUAAGAGAUAGUUCAGCGAUAAAAUCCACUAACAGUUUGUGUUUUGUCUAUCGUAUUGAAGAAAGAAAAGCAAAAUACCGCCCUCCAAUAAUCACUUGACGAAAACCCUCGACAUCAUAAUAGGGUCCAUCCGGUAGGCUUUCGGUAGAUAUUAAAGAUUCAAAAAAAAAAAAGAAUAAUAACUGAAUAGGUAAACAAACUACUUCGUAGUAAAAGCCGCCGUUCAUUGGGUUUGUAUGCAUGUGAAUGGGAAACCGGUUUUCUCUUUGGCAUUUUCGGUUAAAGUAUGUCGCAAAUCGCCAGAGGAUAGGACAAGUACUCCAAAAGUGUGUUGCAACAACUGGCCGUAGCCCUCCUCUUUUUCUUUUUAAGAAUUUCCAUAGUUUUGACGUUUCAGCAUUUCUCAGUAGGCGAUUCGACGUCGAUGGGAACAGUCUGUUCGUCCUCCCAAAUCUAGCGUAGUGCCGUUCCAGCACAGCUGUCAGUGGGCAACUGGUUGGAAGUCCUAUCGAUUUGUUGGUUGGCCGACUAGACGUAGUAAAAAUAUUAACACCACUGCCUUUCUCAGACCCAUCCUACUACGAACGCGUGCCGUGGGGCAGUGAUACGCAAGCGUCCUUGAGCCCGGUACACCUGUACUCACGAACGGUCAGCUAGUGUGCCGACGACUAUGGCACAUUACUGAGAAAAGAGAGUUUCUGACACAAAUUCCUCCAGUUCGUGUUUGGUUGCAAAAGUCUCGCCACAUGCCUCCAAACGAGAGAAACACGAAUACUUUUGUUUGCUUUGCCUGACUUAAGACUAUCUAGCGGGCAUAGAGGAUAGUCGCUUAUCUGUUUCAUGUCUCGUAUUAAGUGAUUGUGCUAUCAAAAAAUGGAUUGUUCUCAUCGACGUAGAUCAUCAAGCGCAGGCACUGUUGUUGAUAACAAUCGGAUGGUUUUGGAAGCCAAGAGCAUUUCCUACGGUACUCUGGACGACAUUGCGCAGAACCCACCUCCACCUACACAUUCAGCAUUUCUUCACGUGACUCAACUGAUCAGCCAAGCGGCGGACACUAGCCUCAAUCUAAGGAGGACCCCUUCGAGCGAAAUGACCCAGGAUUUGUAUCAGAGACAGCCGCUUUUGUCGUCGUCUAAAGGCGAAGGCUGGGAUGAUUGUAGCUCUUCAGAACCAUCAACAUUCUACGAUUCGAAAGGCUCGUCGAACGGCAGCCGAAGCAGUGGUUCGGUAGUAAUCAACGGAUUGAAUAAAAGUAUUACAAGCAAUGGCAGCUGUAGCAGCAACGGCAACGGAAUCAAACCCGAAAACGGCAUCAUCCGCAUAGACGUGCCUGCACCGCACAGAGACGAACCAAAGUUCCCACGCGAAUACUUCAAAACACUUAUCGCUUUCCUUUUUUGCCUUUUCAAUUGGUUCUUGACAACCAUUUCUCUGGCACUGGUUCAUGAGCGAGUACCUGAUAGGACACACUAUGGCCCUCUCCCCGAUGUCUUUCUAGACAACAUACCCGCCGCCGAUUGGGCUCUUGAUGUAUCCGAGAUACUCAUCAUCAUCUCCACUACAUCGUGCAUGCUUUUACUCUUUUUCCACAAAUACAGGUCGAUCGUUAUGCGGAGGGUAUUUUUUCUUUUGGGCGUAUUGUACAUGAUGCGUGCACUUACCAUGUACGCUACCGUUAUGCCUGUUGCCUCCAGGACAUACUAUUGCUCUCCGAAAUCCAAUCACACGGGGGUUGCUGUUAUAACACUGCGGGCGAUCCGGAUUCUUGUUGGAAUGGGCUUAUCGAUUAAUGGCCAACAUGUUUACUGUGGCGAUUACAUCUACAGUGGACAUACCGUGAUUCUGACAGUGUCGUCGCUGCUCAUCCAAGAAUAUACCCCGAGGAAAUGGCGGCCGUUACAUUGGAUCUCGUGGCUAGUCACCUGUUUGGGCGUGGUCUUUGUUAUGGUCGCUCACGGACAUUACACCGUGGAUGUCCUUAUUGCAUACUAUGUCACCACUCGGGUUUUUUGGAUGUAUCACACAAUGGCCAGCAAUACCAUCCUAAAGCAAAACGGCCCGUCCAACUACUUUUCGAGGUUAUGGUGGUAUCACAUCUUUACCUAUUUUGAGCGUAACGUUGGCGGUGUCGUUCCGAGACGUUACGAGUGGCCGCUACCCUGGCCGCGCCAUUUUCUCUCCAAAUAUCCGGAUCGUGAUAGCUAGUGUCAUGUGCGCCAAAGGAACGAACGGCGUUAGAGCCAUACGAAACUCCUCCUGUUCAGUUGCCUUGCUUUGUGCAUUGGCCUAGUCGGGGAAAAAAAAGUGUUGACUUGGACGCUGGAGAAGACAGUGGAGUGGAGUCACGGCCAGGAAUAGAACACGGACAUGUGGGUUCCCAAACAGUCAUUUGCCUACAUGUUCAAAUGGAAUCAGUGGCAAGGAUUCGCAUUUCGUUUACGUUGGAAAUGAAGUGCUUCGCAUAUAAAAAUUGGUCUGAAAGCAAAUGAGCGAGAAAAAAGGAAAUGAAAAAAACAAAACAACAUUGCUGUGUAAAAUUUCGUGCGCUUGAAUUAUUAUUAUUUUUUUUUUUAUUCGGUUGUUUUCUUAGCUCUCGCAUUUGAGAAACAUGCGCUAUGUGCCUCAUGCUUUCAUUAUGUCCAUAUUAAAACAGUCCAAGUUUUUCACCAUCAUUAUUCUACGAAGAUUCAUAUACUUUGAAAAUUCUGUCGUGUUCGCUCGAUUGUUAAGUAUAGUGUGUUUUGUUUAUACAAAUUAUCAAUAUAUCGUUCAACCGUGCUGUAAAAAAAAUAAUAAUAA